CAAUACAAUACAACAUAUCUUAUAAUUAAACCAAUCAAAAAUGGUUUUUAUUGAACCACAAGUUAUAUGCAAGAAGCAUCAAGAUCAUAAGCAAAAUCCUGGAGUUUGUUCUUGUUGUCUUAGAGAAAGACUCAUUAAGCUUUCUACUAAUUCAACAACAACAAUAAUGGCAACUUCUUCAUCAUGUACCUACUCUUCUUUAUCUUCAUCUACAUCUUCUUCCACUUGUGGUUCUCCACGUCGCCAUCGUCGGAUCAAUUCCGACGUUGUGGGCCCCUUCUCUUUCGUUGGCACCGGCGCCGGAGGAGGUUUGAAGAAGAGUAGAUCCAUAGCUUUUGUUGCAAGAUCAUGUGGAUUAUUGAAUGAGCAAAAGAAGAAAGAAGGGUUUUGGUCAAAGCUAAUAAAGUCAACGGGUAAAAGAUCCAAAAGAGUUCUUGUACAUUGAUCAUAGAUUUAACUUAUAUAUGUUGACAGUGUAAAAUAUUUUGAUAUAAUUGGUAAAUUUUUACCAAAUGUGAUAAGUUUGAUAUUA